CAGUCCUCCGCCCCCGUCGUCCUUCGCCGCCGCUCGGGCUCCGCGUCGGUCGCCGUCCUCCGUCCCCGUCGUCCUCCGCCGAGCUUGUGGUCGCCGUCCUCCUCCUCUGCCGACAUCCUCCGCCGCGGUCGCCUCCUCCCGUCGGGCGGCCUCUGUCUCUCCCACCGGCCACCUCCAUCUCCCUUCUUCUUCCUCUACUCUGGUAAGCGAUUUCUCUAGCCUAGUAUAAUGAGCUGGAGAUUUCCUCUUUUCGGCAGCAACUCACAGCAGCAGCAACCUGACCCAAAUUUCCAAGACAACCCUGCGCAGCCGCAACCUUGGUAUCCUCCCUCUGUGGUCGGUUCAUCUUCACAUCCAUCCACGCCCAGCUCUUCCAGUGUUAGUCCACAUCAAAGAGCUUCUGAUAACCCCCAGUCUUCAUCGCGUGGUCAACCAUCUCCAGCUGAGGCUGCAGGGAUAAUUGCCCGUUUAAAGGACAAAAGUAUUGAUGAGUUGCAGAGGUUGUUGAAAGACAAAGAGGCAUACAGUGCUUUCUUUAAUUCACUCGAUCAAGUUAAAACCCAGAACAAUUUACGCGAUGAGCUUAGAAAGGAGACAGUGCAACUUGCAAGGGAAAAUUUGGAAAAAGAGCAACGGAUCUUGGAGCUCAGGAAUCAGUGCAGUAUUAUAAGAACUACAGAACUUGCUGCUGCUCAAGAUAGGUUGGCUGAUUUGGAAAGGCAGAAAGAUGAGAUUAUGAGGUCCUAUUCCCCUGCUGCGCUGCUCGACAAGCUGCAAAAGUCGACGGCAAAGUUGGAUGAGGAGUCUGAGGAGCUGCACCAGAAGUUCUUGGAGAAAGACAUUGACCUCCCGACCUUUGUGCACAAGUACAAGAAGCUCCGUACUACCUACCACAAACAGGCGUUGCUGCAUCUCGCCGGCAAGACCUUGCCUCGCUGAGAUGACACAUGCAUACAAGUUUAGGGACCGCUGGUGUAUUUUCCUCUUUAAUUUUUGUGAUAGAUGGUGUAAAUGAUGGAAUUAGAUAGUACAAAUUUAAAAUCUAUUUUAGAAAAGGCAAUAUGAUGAAACUUGUACAUAUUUUUUUUAAAAAAAUAUACUAUUUAUUAGUUUGGGAAGCGGAAAAAAUAUGAGAAUAGUUAGGGGAGACAGCCAAAGCAGUGGAACUGCACU